AUGUUUGGAAAUAGUUCAAAUUCAACCCCAACGGAUGCGGCGUUGGAUAAGUUAAUUAAAAGAGCCACAGAUGAAACCUUAACCAAUGAUAAUUGGCAGUAUAUCUUGGAGGUUUGUGAUAAGAUUUCCCAAGAUCCUGAAGAGGCCACUAAACUGGCAAUCAAGUCCAUAUCACAAAGACUUGCCCUCAAGGAUGCCAAUGUCAACCUUAGAACAUUGUCAUUACUUGUGGCGGUUGCUGAGAACUGUGGAUCAAGGAUGAAACAAGAAAUUGCCACCACUCUGUUUCUCCAAGAACUUUUGAAGAAACUUGGAGAUAGACGAGUGCAUACGACCGUCAAGGAGAAGAUUGCUGAAGUGAUUAGCCAGCUCCAUGAGUCCUUCAAGGAUGAUCCAUCUUUGAAGCCAAUGACCCAGGCAUAUCAGAAGUUAAAUAAAAGCCAUAGAGGAGGUGCUGCGCCAGUGAAGCCAGAUAAAAGAGAAAUGACUCUGGCAGACCGGGCUAGAGAAGAAGAAGAAUUGCAAAGAACGUUGAAACUUUCGUUGAAUGAAUACGAAAGAGAACAACAGAUUUUCAAGCAAGGGAAAGUACCAGGUCAAUUGCCAGGAGUUGAUAUGGAUUACUUAAAGACUAAACCUUUACCUGAACGUCAAGAUUCACAAGAAAAAGUUGACAAGAAAAAACUGGCAACUCUGUCUCUGUUGGGAGGAGAAAAUUCCAAACAACUGAUUGCAACAAUAUCGAAGGUUCGGGCACUUUAUGAUCUCAUAUCGUAUGAACCUGAUGAACUUUCGUUUCGAACUGGAGAUAUUAUUACAGUUAUCGAAUCGGUAUAUAGGGACUGGUGGAAGGGUACUCUACCAUCAGGUAAGACUGGAAUUUUCCCUCUUAACUAUGUCACCCCGGUGGUGACAAAAUCACCUGAAGAGCUCGCAGAAGAGAUUGCCAAUGAAAAUAAACUUCUUUCCAUUGAUCUGAAGAAGGUAGAUCAGCUUUUGGCACUUCUUUCAAACCCAUCCACAGCAUCGGAAACAGAUGUGACCCGUCUUUACAAUGAGAUUGUGCCAAUACGUCCUAAACUCGGACAAUACAUUGAUAAAUAUAGUGUACGGAAGGAAGAGCUUAUGCAGUUGAAUGGACAACUCAAUGCAGAAGCCAAGGCAUACAAUCAAUUGAUGGAUCAUCUGAUUUCUCAACGAACAAAGCAGCAACAACAACAACAACAACAAACUGGCCAGGGCCAAGCGGGACUCCCAUACCCAUUUGCUGGUGGACAGUAUCCAUCACAAGCAUAUGGUGGACAGGUGCCACAAUUUGGUGGCCAGAUGACAUCUUCGUCGAGUCCACAAGCUUCCCAAUACACACAACUUGCGCAACAGCCUACAAGUAAUGGAUUUGGGAAUGGACCAGAUUACUCCCAAUACCUGCAAUUGAACUCUCCUCCCACACAGCAGACAUAUUUCCAGCCCCAACAGCCACAAUACACCGGUCAGAUACAACAAACAGCUACGGGCCAACCACAACGUACAGGCCCUAGGGACCCGAACCAAGGUCCAGGGUAUCCGAACGGGAACGGAUAUGGCGAGAGAAUCGGUGUAGGACAGGGACCAACUCAUUACCCAAGUCAACAAUUUCUGAAUAUCAACAACUUUCCGGAUGUAAGUAGUAUGUAA